AUGGUGGACCACGACAGGGUAGUGCUCGCUGGUAACGGCGUGUCGUACGGCGCGACCGGCACGCGCAUCGCGGUAGAACACGACAAUCCACGGAGCGUCGAGCGGGCCGCGCGAGCCCUUCACCGUCAGACAGCAGCAGCAGUGAAAGCAAUUCGUCCAGUGAUGUCGCUUUACGCGGAGCUGGCAUUCACGGUCGCGAUGAAGGUGAAUCGAGUGACAGUUCCGGUAGCUCGAGCGACAGUUUGGAUAGACGACGCCGAGGUCGCGGGAAUCGCAGUCACAAUCAGUCACGGAGACGUCGCGGUCAUCGUGAUCGUGGAGGGUAUCGGCACGAGCGGCAGCCACGGAAACGGAGUGUAAAAGACCCUGGAGCUGCCAACGCUCACGCUGUCUCCGAAGGUAUCGGUGUCGACGUGGAUUGAUCGCGUCGACCUGGCACUGAAGGGCGCUGUUGAUCCUGGACGAGGGCAUUGGUCUGACAAGUCGCUCCACUUUAUCCUCGAUAACAAGCUGAUGUUAAAUGCAGCGAAGUGGUGGGUGGUCAUGAAUCGACGAUU